CCUUGAACUUCGAGGGAGGAAGGAGAGAAAGUUCGACGCAAGAAUUUAGCUCCAAAAUUUGACUUAAGCGAUGUAAGAAACUCAAUGAUUGAUGGACAACCACUGGAAUUCUAACACACAAUUGUUAAGGCUGGCCGCACAGAAAUAUGGCAAUGAAAAAUAUUGAAAGUUUAUCCUCAUAGUGAUACCGCUUUCUUAUUGGACAAUUAUAUUCAACCAAUGGCAUAACAGGAACGAAGCUCGACCAUAACUGUCUUAGCGAAACAAGUAGAAAUAGUUUUAUCCUUGAUCGGAUACGUAUAGCGGCAGAGACAGGAAGGUUCCAGUCGCAGUGGGUUGUUUCUUGUCUCAACGACAGGAUGAAGGGCAGUAUGGCUGAAAAGAAAGUCAAGGUUAAGGAUGGAAAAACGACUACAUCAGAAGAAAAUUUCGCUGCGCAACCGAAACGCGCGGUAACUUACCAGACGAUAUUUAACGUUCUCGUAGUGAUAUGUUUCGCAUUGUUUAUUUUAACUGUGGCGCUAGAAUAUCUAAAAAUACGAGACAACAUGAUUGCCCAUGAGAGGGAUAUUCAACACCUCAAGGAUCAAAUUAGUACGUCAGUAUUAGAAAGGAGAAUAAGCAAACGCCAAACAAGUGAGAGCACUACUGCUGAGCCAGAACCAGAACCAGAAGGGAAACCUAAACCAAAACCAAAAGAACCGUCAAAACCAGCCGGUGGUAAAAAGAAGAAAAAGAAACCGAAAGCAAAGGCAGAAGCAUGUCCUGCUCAAUGUCCACCCGGAAAACCAGGGCGACCAGGAAGGACAGGGCCUCAGGGAAUACAAGGAGAAAUGGGUAAGAGGCGUUGCUUAUUAGCAUCAUGCAGGGGGAGGAUAUUUAGGGGGCCGGGCCAGCCCACCCCACUACCCCCCCCCCCUUCGCUUUUGGAAAGUAAAAAAAAAAGACAGAAGGAAAAAGAAAAGAAAAAAGAUGGCUCAAAACGCAUCAGCGAUUAUUUUCGGACGUCUAGGAAACAAAAAUUAAUCAGGGGCCCCUAUGGUGGUGCUAUUUUUCUAUCGGUCCCACUUUCGUCCCCCUUUCGCUCCCCAAACCACCACCCUUCGGACAUCUCUGGAUCCGCCCCUGAUGUGGUUUCCUUCCUGGGAUUUUCAAUGACUAAGACCAAUUGGAUAUUACUAUUUGAAAUAGAUAAAGAAAGAAACCUGGUUAAUGUGUCAAAUUAGAAAAAAAAAAAAAAA